AUGACUGACUGCAAAAUUGGAUACAAAAACAGUAAGGCCCAAUUCACCAGAACCAAGGCGUACACCGCAAUUCAGAAGUUCAUUGCUGAAAUUGACCAGGGAAUAAAGUCCACAACUGAUGCAAGUGAUGCUGAUCAGAUACUGCCUGAACUGAAGGCAGCAGCCGAUAUCAUUGAGAAGACUGAGCUGUCAGAUGAGCCAACUCGCUUCGCAAACAGGGCAAUGGUCGACGUAAUCAGAAAAAUGGAGCAAAUCAAACCAGAUAACCUCUAUUUCAUGGAGUCAUUUGGAAACAGGGUGCGAAUGGACUAUGGAACAGGACACGAGUUGAACUUCCUCUGCUACCUCUUUGUUCUACGCGACUACGACUUCACCAGAAAUGAGGACGUUGAUUUUGUGGUAGAAAACAUGAAGUUCUACAUGGAAUCAGUGAGGAAGUUCAUCACCAAAUUCAACCUGGAGCCGGCUGGCUCUCGUGGAUGCUGGUCCAUCGAUGACUUCAGUCUCCUUGGAUGCGUGUUUGGAAGCAGUCUUCUGGUGAAACAGGAUGAGAUGAGCCCGUUCUACAGGAAGCACAUUGACAUGUGGCAGAUGGCAGUAUCAAAUCCAAAUCCACUGCUACGUAGAAUUCUGAUUCAGGAACCAAUCAAAAUUAAUAAGGGGAUGUUACGGAUGUACUACGAGAGUGUUUUAGAGAGGUUUGUGGUGACACAGCACUUUAUAUACAGCAGUAAGCUGAGUGAUGAAUUGAUUGAUUAUUUGUUUAUAAUGUUCUGCCUUGUUUCUAACCCAGGUAUGAUGGGACUGAUUACUUUGAUCGUACAGGUGUGGGCUAGUAGCACAAUAAUGAAGGGUGAUAAAUUAGAUAUGGAUUUGGAUGACAACGUUGAAAAGGUUAAAGGGGGAGUAUUCCACAAAUUCAUAGAGAAGCAUAUUGAGAAGGAGUAUGAUGAGACACAUAGGCGUGAGAUACCAGGACCAGUAGCAACCAAGAGGGAUGCAGUGGCAAUUGAUCUGGGUGGAAGCACCCUACGGAUCUCUCUAUUCGAGUACAACAAGAAGGAAGAGAUUCACCACCAAAAGGGCCUAUUGGAACAUAAAAUUGAGAAUAAGGUGGAAGAAAGAGUUGAAAAGUAUAUUCAGAGGCAUUUAGACCUGUUUAUGGCGACCAACUCUAUCAAGGAGAGUGAGGUAGACAUCUUUCUUACGUUUAGCUACGAUUUCACUAUGAUAUCUCCCAAUAGAAUCAGACUUCUUGAUUUCAGCAAAAUAUGGCAGUUUCCAAGGGUGAAUGAGGCUGAAUUUGAGUUUACGCCCUACUGUAUUGUAAAUGAUUCAGUAGCAGUCGUUCUAUCGAAAUACGACCCAGAAAUGUUCAAUAUCGCAUUUGUCUGUGGAACUGGAUUCAACUGCUGCUACGCUGAAGAUGGCAUGGUUGUUGAUACUGAAAUGGGAAUGUGUGAAUUUGGGAAUACCACCCUGGACAGCCUUCUUGCAGGUGGAAACCUGGUUAAGGUGGACGGUAGCUUUGAUUUGACUGAUCCACUGACAAAGGAGAGAUUGGAGAAGAAGCUGCUUCUGCUGAAGGAGACCAUUCUGGUAGUUGUUAGGAAGAAGUGGAAUAGGAGCAAGAAGUUGAAUUUGAUACUGAAUGGAUCGGUAUUCAAGUCAGGACAGAAGAUCAUAGAUGAAAUUGCAGAUGAAUUGGAGUGUGUGAUCACACUCAGUCAAAAUGCUACACUUGAAUUCGUAAUGAACAUGUGA